GUCUCAGUAAUCUCUGGACAUACUGAGUAGCUAUGGCGUCUGUGUAUCUGUUAUUCCUGAGCUUGCUUUCUCUGUAUGGGACUGCAGUACUAGCUGAAAAAAACAGCGUGGAAGGGUUCCCUCCUUUUUGUGGAAACUACGAGUGUCCGAAAUACCAAGUGGUGAAAAGAUACAAUACAUUUGAACUGAGAAGUUAUGAGAGCACUCUCUGGGUAACAACGCAGCUGGACACAGACGUGUUUGGUCUUGGAAUAAUGAAAAGUUUCAAGCGUCUCUUUAAUUAUAUAAGUGGCCAGAAUACGGAAGGCAUAUCUAUUAAAAUGACAGUCCCUGUUCGUUCUACUGUGCCAUUGUUUAACCCAACUAUUAAUGCCACAAUGUCUUUCUUUAUGCCAACGAUUAUUGUGAAUCCACCUGCACCCAAGGACCCCUCUUUGCAUUUGGAAAGCUAUGGUCCGACAUCUUACUAUGUCAGGUCAUUUAGUGGCUAUGCCCUGAAGUCUGACUAUGAGAAGGAAUCAAAGGCCCUUUCAGAGGAGCUCAAUGCCCUCGGUUUAGCUUAUGAUGCAAAUUUCGGAAUAGCAGCAGGUUACAAUGACCCUCUGACAUUUUUCAACCGUCACAAUGAAGUGUGGUUCAGGUCACUAAACUAGAUAACUAGAGUGAAGUAUUUCUGUAUAUAUUUCAUCUAUAGUGCAGCACUUAUACCUUUGUGGGAACAUUUCUGAGUUCUGUCAUUUUCUUUAUACUUUCGUAUUACCAAGUAGUGGUUUUUUUCCAUGGUAAGACAUUUCUGCCCUUUUUUAGCUUAUCAUUUAUACAUGGAAAUAUUUGCUUAUUCUGGGCUACAUAGUCAAGUGGGGGUCCAGUUUAGUGAUGGAUAUGGAGAUCUGUUCAUCACUGAGUAGAACCGCCCCCUUGACUACUUAGCCCAGAAUGGGCAGACAUAUACACAAAUAAAUAACAAGUUACUCUACUAAAUGGUGGUCCCCAUUCAGUCUACAAUUUUAUGGCAAACCUUAGAUGGACAUGUUGGCAUUGUCAGUCCUUGCUUUUUUACGCUUUGUGCUCUUGGCUGUUGUUUUUGUUUACUUCAUUACUUACUAUUUGUAUGCUAAAAUGUUAAAUAGAUUUUUGAUUUACAUUAGGAAACCACUGACUAUAGAGCAUCUUACUAUACACAUAAGGUGGUCAGCCAAUCCUGCUGAAAAGGGGGAGUUUAAGCACCUAUCCUUUUCAGCAGGAUUGGCUGACUAUCUAAUGGGUAUAAGGGUAUGUUUACUGUACUACAAAGAUUUAAGUCAAAAGAAAGUACGAUUGGGUUUGUUGUAUUUCAAUAUGCCAACAGAAUAGAAUAUGAAGAACUUAUGUGUAACAUGGAGCCACCGACUGUACAAAAUUUAUAGUAAUAAUAAAGCAAUAAAGCUUUAAUGUAUUCAAGAAAAUGUUCCUUUGUUUUCAAAUUCUUUUAUCUUUC